GAACACCCCUUACCACUGCAGCGUCGAAUGAAUGCACUCCUCUAUAUGCAAUUUGCACUUGAUCCUUCUUCUUCUUCCAAACUCUCGGUUAGUAAAGCUUUGAAAUUGUGAUUUGCAGCGUCGUACUCAGAACCCAUCCCUCGCAAUUCCAGCCAUCUAUUAGGACACAACUUUUUCAUAUCGCAGAGACAGAUUCAAAUCCGUACCAGGUCUUCGAUGGGUGUAGUGAGAGGAGUGAUAUUGGAUGAAUCGGCACUCUUAACUGAAGGUGGUGGGGAUAAAAAUGGAUUCAUACUACGGCCGGGAGCUGAGUCUCUCAUCCAAACCCUCUCCCUGUCCAAAAUUCAUAUAGGAAUCUCGUAUGACGUAAACUCUCCAGAUGAUAAGGUGAGUGUUCUUCAAAGUGCAAGUUCGUACCCUGUUGAUUGUUUUAUCUUAAAUGAUCCUACGAGUGAGAUUAUGCCUGCAUGGAGCAUUAAUACUGAUGGCGGGAUUGUUUAUCUAGUUUCUAACAAGAAGGAGGUCUUACCUAAAUUAAGCAGUUAUAAAUGGCUUCUUGUUGUUUUGAACGAUGGAGAUGAAAGCUUGUAUUACACAACAGAUGCACUUCGAAUACAAAAUUUGGCGGAGUUUCCCUUGACUAUGUGCCAGUUAAAUAAAAGUUCAACCGGAACUAAUGCUGCAACUGUGGGUUAUAUAAUGAAGCCUUCUCGAGUUGAAGAUUUUGCAAUGAGGGGUGCAUUUCCAUUAUGUCCUACUCAAAAUGGGUUGAUGUUUGUGCCUCUCACACCCAUGCUUCCUUUAUCAACUCAAUUGAAGGACAUUGAUAUAGUUCUCCACAAAGCCACAGAUGAGAUAUUAUCCAUUGAAGACAAUAAAAUUACUUUCACGGAAAACAUACAAGAACUGCAAAGAUAUUUGGAACUUCACCAGGAUCUUUGUGUGAUUGAUCCACUGAAGAACAUAUAUCCAUUAUUGGAUAGACUAGAAAUACAGCAAAUUCUAAGUGGCUUAGAAGAACUAAAUAAGGAAGGCAGCCAUUUGAUCAGAGGGGCCCAUUUUCUUAAGAUCGAUAAUUUUGAAGAAUUUAAUUUUGAGACUGGGUUAGCUGAAGCCAGAUUGUCUCUUCCAUGUAUAGUGAAACCUAAGGUUGCUUGUGGUGUCAGUGAUGCACAUAAGAUGGCAAUUGUUUUCAAAGUUGAUGAUUUUAAGAAUGUAAAUGUUCCUCUUCCAGCUGUUAUCCAGGAAUAUGUGGAUCAUUCAUCCACUUUGUAUAAAUUUUAUGUCUUGGGUGAGAAAGUUUUCCAUGCUGUCAAGAAGUCGAUACCAAAUGCUGAUGUUUUGAAGAAAUCAUCCAAUGGUGAUGAACUCAAACCUCUAGAGUUUGACAGCUUAAAAUCUUUACCCACCGCCAGUGGUGACUGCAGCAUGACGAACAGAGAGUCUAUUGAUGUUAAACUGGUUACAGAUGCUGCAAAUUGGCUUAGAAGAAGGCUUCAGCUUACUAUCUUUGGUUUUGAUGUUGUAAUUCAGGAAGGUACGCAAGAUCAUGUAAUUGUGGAUGUUAAUUAUCUCCCGUCAUUUAAGGAAGUACCUCAUGAAAUCUCAAUACCUGCCUUCUGGGAAUCCAUUAGAGGUAAGUAUGACCUUAGGUUGUCUAAAUAACCAUAUGUUACAAUUUUGUGAUUCUUUGGCAAGGAAUUCAGUGCCUAUAGAACUCUUGAUUUCAAGCUGAAAAUUGAAAUUGAACACUAAGGCUUGGACAUAUGACAUUUAGAAUACUUCAUAUCUGUGAAUUGUGAUGGAUGCUAUUUAGUUUAGUACUUAUUCCUAAUUGGUGCUUCUAAAGCAAUGCCAUUACACAUUUCGAAAGUUGAUUGAUUUGAGUGGUCAUGCUAGACACCAAUUGCUCCUUGUUGAAUGUCUCAUCUUUAUAGUUUUAUGUCCACACUGACAUAUGAACCUAUUUUCUUAAGGGGAAAAAAAAUAAUUUGAGAUAACAUUUCCAUCUGCUUAAUCUUAUAUGAGCACUAAAGAUGUAUGAAUUUAUAGACAUGUCUAUGUCUAUUUCAAUAUAUAUACCAGACUACCAGAGUCUACAGAUUAUAGUACAAAAAUUAACUAGCUUCAAAAAGAGAGUUAAAAGAAGGUUGUGGCUAUCUUGCUAUGAUUGCUUCCACAUGAAUGACUAUGAGGAAGGAGGAGCUGCUGCCUCAACACGAAUUUCUACUUGUUCUGCUGAUCUGAAACUCACUCGUUUCUGAAAAUUCAUACCAAUAAAGAAAAUUGAUAUAAUCCCAAGAAAAUUUCAUUUUGC